CAAAACGUCCUCCUUGCCAAUUUAAGUUUCAAACUGUCGUUGUCCAAAGCAGGUACUACUAGUCAAAGACAACUGGGGAAGAUGAGCUCUCCGACUCCGGCCGACUGUAACCCCGAUCCCUCGGCAACCCUGGAGGGGGCCAAGAGCUCUGGCACUCCUCUAGGAAGCCCCAAGAUGUCUCCUGAGACCUGUGACCCUGGCGGUUCCCUGCCCCUGACACCUCAGAUGGAGAGCCAGUUAGAGGAAGGUCUUGGUGGGGCCCACAAUGGCCUGGGCUGGAAGAGCAGGGAUCCACAGGAUCAAGGUGCAGAAGGCUACUCGGUGGAACCUGUGCUGACCCGGAAGAAGCAUCGGCGGAGGCCGUCGAAGCGCAAGCGACACUGGCGUCCCUACCUGGAGCUGAGCUGGGACGAGAAGCAGCAGCGGGAUGAGAAGCAGAGCCAGCGGGCAUCCCGGGUCCGUGAAGAGAUGUUUGCCAAGGGCCAACCCGUAGCGCCCUACAAUACCACCCAGUUCCUGAUGAAUGACCGGGCCCCAGAGGAGCCUGACCUGCAUGUACCUGCCAGCAUCUCCCACCCAGACUCCAGUGGGGAGAGUGAGGCAGGGGACAGCGAUGGGCGGGACCAGGCGUGUGGCGAGUUCCAGCAGAGGGACUUCUCUGAGGCCUAUGAGCGCUACCAUGCCGAGAGCCUGCAGGGCCGCAGCAAGCAGGAGCUGGUACGCGACUACCUGGAUUUGGAGAGGCGGCUGUCUCAGGCGGAGGAGGAGACGCGGAGGCUGCAGCGGCUGCAGGGCCGCUCGGGCCAGUGGCAUUGCCGCCACGUGGAGGAGCUGGCAGCCGAGGUUGAGAGGCUGAGAACAGAGAACCAGCGGUUGCGGCAGGAGAACCAGAUGUGGCACCCAGGUGAGGGACCUGGCACCGAAGAGUGCCCCCCCAGGCAGAUGGACCCACGGCCAGCCGGGUCUCAGGGAGGCUGGUGACCCAGGUCGGCAACCCUGCGCCCUCCGCAUCCU